AUGAAACGUGUUUGCUUCCUGGUUCUUGGCAUGUUGAAACUGUCCGCUGCACAGAAUAAGAAGUUUGUCUGUAGCUACUCCCCGUCUAAAGCUGGUGCGAUCAACUACCAGCCCGAUAACAUUCCGUUGCAGGUUUGUCCGUAUGUGAUCGUCAAAGCGUUUAGCUUCCCAAGCGUCGUUGGUCGGCAGUUGUUGUUCAGUGACAACGAAAAGAUAGCGUUUAGCCGUGUAGUCUCCAGUGUACGAAAGCGUUCGAAUACAGCUCGCGUCGUAGCGUCCAUCGAUGGAUCCGCCCGCGACUUUACCGUAACGUCGAACGCGAUCGUACGUAGGAAAGCAUUCGUGCAAGCAGCUGUAGCGAUGCUACUUGAGCUGGAUGCAGAUGCAAUCGAACUCAACAGGAAAGCAGCUAGAAACAGUGGAAACGAUCGUGUCACUAUGGUGCAACUCCUGCAAGAUCUUCGUCAAGCGGUGAAGCCAGUAAAUAAAAGCUUCAGACGUAAUCGAGAACUAUGGUUCCGAGGAUCGCUGCAUCCGAAGGUGAUGGAAGUAGCGUAUAAUAUGUUCGAUGUGUGUGAGCUGGUCGAUCAUGUUACGCUAGAUCCCAGCACGGCUGAAUCGCUGGAAAAUGCGCAUGCACCGUUGUAUGGGACACCAAUUGUACAGCCGUUUAGUGUUCCUUUGUUAGGAAACAUAAUCGAUCUAGCGAAUGGUUUCAACACUACCACUCAGCGCUGGAUUGAUGAGGGAUGCGCUCCUAAGAAGCUGCUCCUUGGAAUUGGUUUGCACGGCAUCGGGAGAGCUUACUCACCGGGUCUAGCGCCAUUUGUCGGCAACAAGCUCUGUAAAACGAUAAAAGAAGAUGGUUGGAACUAUGCCUGGGAUGAGCAUGGUGCAAUGCCAUACGUGACCAAAGCGCUGCAGAACGGACUAGUGGAGCGUAUUAGCUAUGAAAACUUGGACUCGCUGCGACUCAAGAUGGAUAUGGUGGAGCAGAAGCGGUUCGGUGGCAUUUACAUCGAUUAUGUACACUCGGACGAUAUCUAUGGACGUUGUGGACAACCAUACCUUAUGAUCGCUUACUUAUCCAGUAGAGUACGCUCGAUACCUUCUGAUAUCGGGUUUGCCAUCGAGUGGAACGAGUAG